AUGUCUUCUUCUGGAUCUCGUGGCCCUCCGAUAGGUCGAUAUAAUGGAAAGGAUUAUGACUAUGGUAAUAACAAGCCUCCAAGAAGGAAGAACUUCUAUUCUGUUGGAGGACCUAGGCGAGAUUGGAAUAAAGGUGCUCCUGGUUCAUCUUCUGCUAAUGGAGAUACUUCAUCUAUUCCUAACGGUGAAAAUCACUAUUCAGGCUCUGGUAGACCUAAAUAUGGAGGAAGCUCAUUAAGCGGACUGUCUAGAGGUGGCGGUUCCUAUGCAUCGCGCGGUGGUCCAUCAAAUAGUCGAGAUAAUAGAAGCUCGUACGGUACAUAUGGCUCAUCUAGGUCUUAUCCAUCGUAUUCAAGCUAUGGAUCAUAUAACAAGAGAGAAUCUGAUUACCAAAGUUCAAACUAUUAUGGGAACAGACCCGACGCUUGGAGAUCAGAACGACCGCGGCAAAGUGCCGAUUCUAGAUUAACAACUUCAAAGCCAUCGGCAACACUGAAUCAUCCUUCACGUCUCACGAAUGCAAAUCACUCUAGCUCAGAUGACGAUUUUAGAAAAGAGAGGUACGACUACUCGAAUGAAGGAACAACUAAUGGUGCCUACGGAAGUUAUGGUGCAAGUAAGUGGAAAAACUCAUCUUACUAUCCUAACAAUAGAAGCUCAUUAAUGGGCUCUGUUGGAUCAAGAUCAUAUUCCUCUAGGGGUAGAAAGGGAUCCUCAGCUCUAAUGAAUAGUACAAGAAGGAGCGAUACGUAUUAUCCCUCCAAGGGUUCAUAUCCCCAUUCAAGUGGACAGAAUCAGUACGAUCGUUACUCAAGCAAACCAAGGCUACUGCAAUCUAGAUCUAAAAGUGGAAGCCCAGGUGCUUUUGAUGAUGAGCUGUUUAAUUCAAGUAAAAGAGAAGUCAGUGAGACAUACUCAAAUGAGUUGGACGAAAAUGAUAGCAAAUUGUCUGAUUUCGAUAAUUCUAAGGAAUCUAACGAAGUUCUAGGAAAGGAGAACAACGAUGAUGAAGAUGAAGACGAAGAUGAUGAUGAUGAAAAUGACGAUGACAAUGAUGAUGACAAUGAUGAUGACAAUGAUGAUGUUAAGGGCAUAAAUGAGAAUCUAUUUAAGAGGGAUGACACUUCAAAAGAAGACUUGAAUUUUCAAUCCACUUCUGAACUUAAGCCUCAAUUAGUGUCAACAGAAAAGGGUGAUAUUGAGGUUAAAGAUGCGCUCCCCAAUGAAAAGCUUGAGACGAAGAACCAAGAACCAAAAGUCCCUAUCGAGAAGAUAGAACCAACAGCAAUAAACAACGAAGGAUCUAAGGAAAUAUGUUACCCACAUGGUUGUACUUUUCCUCUUUCUAGAAUAGACACGGAGCUCCAACUUAUAAAUGAAGAAUUUGAAAAAAGUGGUAAAAAAUCAAUGAAGUAUUCUUUGGCUGUUCCUAUCAAAAAUCUUCGAGAGUAUUCGUUCUAUUCGAGAAACUUGAGAAAUUUCAUAAAUUCGAGGGAGUCCCGUAGUUUACUAUGUAAAAGAAGAAAUGAAUUCUUGAAAAAGAAAAAGUUCAGUCUUUUAAAAGAAUACAUAGCAUUGCAAAAAGAAAAUAGUUUAGAAAGAGAGAAGAUGGAUCAACAAUUAAGAGUUUUGCACCCUCCAGGUGACGAAGCGAGAAAAGAACUAGAAUCAAGCGAUUUGAGGAAACAAUAUCAACAGGUGUCUGACUCUUCUGCUGGCGACUUAGGUCCACCUCCUUCAAGCAGUCAUCGUAGGAACAGAAGACAUGGUGAUUUAGUAACGACUGAAGCUGAGUUCCAGGAAAUUUUGCAGUCUCUUGAAAAAGAACAAGAAGAGGAUCCAAUGGCUCGUGCCCGAAAAGUAUCUGCUACAAUUCCCAAUAUGAUUCUUGAUCCACUUAAAAGAGACUACAUCAAAUUCAUGGAUUCGAACAAUUUUGUUGAAGAUAGGAAUACAUGGUCUAAAAGAAUUAAAACUGAUUUUAUCAAUAACUUUUCGUCGAAGGAACAUGAGUUGUUUUGUGAGGGAUUUUGUAUGUAUCCUAAAAGGUUUGGUGCAAUUUCAAGACAAAUGGGUGGAUUGAGAACAGCUGAAGAAUGUGUCCUUCAUUACUAUAUGACCAAGAGAACUUUUAACUAUAAGGAUUUGCUUACUCAAUACAAAAAGAAAGUCAGCAAGAAAACAGGUCGUCGUAUUAAGACCCCGCGUUCAAGAAACUCGUCUCAAAACCAAACCCCAGUUCAAACGCCGGUUGCCGAAUUUCCUCCUAUUGAUGAUGGUAUGGAGACGCAUGGCUUGAAAUCACCUAUAACAUCUGCUGUUUCAGCAUCCACAGAAUUAGCGGAUGAAGAAUUUUUUACAGACACAGGGCGAAGGAAAAGAGCAGCGGCACCAGUUUUUGAUUCUAAAAUUAAAGAAACUAUCCCUUCUGAUACUACAGAAUUUGUUUUGCAAUCACCUCAAAAGAAAAUCAAGACCAAAAAGAAAGAAACGAUUCAAAGCAGCGGAAUUAUUCCAAGUUCUGAGAUCAUUACAACUGAACAUCUGGAAAAUGAUUCGAAAGAUCGUAAAAAGACUAUUUCAAGCUAUUGGAGCAUUACCGAAGCUAAUCUUUUUCCAAGUUUAUUAAUGGAGCAUGGAAGUAAGUGGACUACUAUAGCAGACAAGUUGAGUACGAAGACAGCUACAAUGGUUCGUAAUUACUUUCAAAGAAAUGCUGAAAAAAAUGGAUGGAAGAAGAUAUCUGAAGAGGCUGAUUCCAGAUUGGACGCCAAGUUCGCGGCUGUCUUGGGCACCGCUGGAGAAAACAAGACGCAAAAUUCGGAAGAUAUGAAGGAUCAAUCAGUUCCUUAUACUGCUCCUUCAGCCGUGAACACUAGUACUACACCUAUAGUGGGACAAUAUAUCCCUUUGGGUACCUUUCAACAUAACGCACAGAUCAAUCAAGUUCGACCUCAUACGUCGGCUUUACCUAUUCAUUCAUCAACUGGGGUUUCAUCUAUAAAUUCGCUUUUAUCAGAUAAUCCUGUAGGUUCUUUGGACAGGGGCUAUACUGUGAAGCAAGAGCUUGAUAGUGCACCCAAAAGUAUUGAUUCAAUCGAAGUCAAAAAAGAAAUACUGUCUGUUGCUCACUUCUCCGCCAAUUCGCAGCAUCAGAGAACAUCUAUCAGGGACCUAUUGAACUCCGAUGGUCCUCUGGCUUCUGAGGAAAACCAAACACCACUUACCACAGCGCAACUUCCACAUAUAUCAAAGUCUAGUGUUCGAGACCUUUUAAACGCACCGUCGUCUAACCCAACUGCUGAUAGCAACGAUAAUUCAAAUAAAAUUGUCCGUGAUUCUGAUCAGCCGAAUAAUAGAUUAGGGUUGAAUGCUCUACUUUCAGUGACAGGAGCCUCGUACAAUAAUAAUAAUAAUGAUGAGAAGGCAACAUAA